AUGGGUGAAUUGGCGCCGGAAGUUCCGCAGCCUAAGCCAUCUCGAUUUCAAUUCGUCCCCGUUCCCGGGGAAUUUACUAGAGGUCGCUGGAAAUGUCGUGAUUCUGUCAAACCGUAUGCCGAAUUGUUGGAAUUUGAUAAAAGUGGAAAAGAGGAUAAACCAAAUCCGAAUAAGAUUACGGUCACAAGAAAGUUUGUGCAAGAAAUUCCAUCGUCGGAUACGAUUCUUGUGACAUCAAUCGAAGAUAAUACGAAUAAGGAAGAAUAUUUGGUGACGCGGAAGAAGGGUGUGACGAUUGUUCGAAAAGGUUCGAAUUCAGUGUCACCGGAAAAAGAUCCACAAUUUUCAAUGAUCAAUAAUUUAUCGAUUGAUGAUUUUGAGAAAGUUCAACAACAAAGGAAUAAUAAUAUGGUGCCACCAACACCAAUGAAUACACCACCAGCAACUAUGAGUGAUUCCAUGUUAGGUGAGCAAUUUAAUUUGUUUGAUAUAAACAAUUUAAUCGAAAUAUGAUCAAAGUUCAUUUUUUUGAUGACAACAAAAUUCGAGAAAAAUCAUAGUCCAAAAAGUUUCGGGGAAGUUCUCAUGUCGUUUCUUCAAAACGUUAAAAGUUGUUUUUAGACUUGAAAAUAAAUUAUAAAAAAUCCAAAAAAUUAUAGGCCACAUCUAAAAUGUCCCAAAUUUCUCAAAAACUAUAAUUUUUCCAGGCUCAAAAUCAUUGGCUCCACAAGAUGCCUCAACAUCAUCUGCAAAACCAAAAGUAUUCCAAGUUCAGGCCGUCAUCGACUCGCAACCGACUCGAAAGUUCUCGCAUGAAAACGGUGCUCUUCAACGUAUUCCAGACGCUAGUCAAUUCCAAAAUCUUGACAAUCCAGCAUAUUCGGCAACUCUUCCACCACAAAAACCACGUGUUUUUCAUGUGCAACCAGUUCAGGUUUGUUAGAUUUGAUUAUUUUUGAUUUGCGAUGUUGCAUGGUCUUUUUCUAAUAAUAAUAAUUUUUGUGUUAGGAUUUGAGCAUGAGGAAAGAACGAGCUGAAAGUGUUGUGAGUUGUGCACAUUUCACCAUUCAAUCUAAUAACGAUCGUGAUAUCGAUGGUGUUUUUAAUGUUUGUGUAUGUAUUUAAUCGAUCUAUCUUUUUUCUUAUUAAAUUAUCACAAUUUUCAGCCACCAAAACGACGAGAAUCGGAAGAAAAUGAUGAUAUUGAGAUUCGAACAGUUCGAAGUGAAGAAGAAUCAGAAGGUGUUUCGAUCACAAUUUCAUCGAUGAUUGAUAAACGAAUGGAUCAUUUGAAUAUGGAUGAUACUGAAAUUAUUGCAUCGAAACGCGAAGUUGCGAGUAGUGUGAGUAGUUUGGAUGCGGCUGGAAUUCCAAUCGCAAGUUCUACACCAAUCGCACCACAUUCGACGCCAUACGGAACACCCAAAGAUUUUCCGCGUUCACCAAUUGAACCUCCUUCAUUUACAUCAACAUCAAUCAAUCCACCAAGUUCUGUUGUAUCGGCUCCGAAUUUGGCAAGUAGCACACCUGUUACUGUAACUGAAUCAAAUAUGAUGCCGAUUGAUAAUAAAAUUGAGCAAGCUAUGGAAUUGGUCAAAACACAUUUGACAUAUGCGGUUCGAGAAGAAGUUGAUACUUUGAAGAAUACGAUUACUGAUUUGGAAUAUCAGAUGAGAGAAUUUCAAUAUGAGUGUAAUUUUUUGAGGCAACAUGUUAGUCAAGAAGUCAUGGAACAAGCUGGUGAGUUUUGAAAUAAAAUUUUGAAAAUUGUCAGAAAAACAUAACUGAAAAAUCUACUGUUUCAAAAUUAUAAUUUUUAAAAUAUAUGAUUAAUUCUGAUUCCCUAUAUUUCUUAAUAUUCAUCCGAAAUAUCUCAUAAUAUAUAUUUAGCAACCUAUGUCCGACAGCAAAUGCAAAAAUUCCAACCACCAACUCGUCGUUCAAUGAGCCUUGCUGGUUGUACAUCAGAUGUCUCUUCAACAAAUAUCAAUAAUACCGGCAAUUCUUCGUCUUCUACGCAUAUGCGGAAUUUACAAAAUCAAAUUCAACAAAUCAAAGUGAGUCAUCCGCCGCCAACUCUUCCCAACUCAUAA